CCCACCGUGGCAGGAGGCCAGAGCUGGAGGCAAAAGUGUGACUCAAGGCUUGCCGAGGAGCAGCCCUGAUGGCCCACGGGUGGAGCCUCAAAGACUCAGGCUCUUAAAUCCCCAGCUGGCUCGAUCCAGAUAUAGACCCAUUGACAACUACCUAGGAUCUUAAGGCAUUAUGGAAACCCUCUAUUUCAGCGUCAUUACCAUAGUUAUAGGUCUUCAUUUUACUGGAGUGAGGACAAAUCCAUCAAGUAAAAGCAGUGUUUUAUUCAAUUCUGAGUGCCAGUGGAGUGAGUAUCUUCUGACAAAUUGUUCUUUUACCAGAAAGCAUGAAAUGCCUGUGGACAUAUCACAGACAGCAGCCACGGUGGAUAUCAGCGUCAAUUUCUUUAGAGUUCUCUUACAGUCUCGCAUGAAAAAAGGAUGGAAAAUAAAACACCUGGAUCUCAGUAACAAUCUCAUAUCAAAAAUAACCUUAAGCCCUCUUGUGUAUUUACACACUUUGGAAAUCUUAAACCUCAGCAACAACGCCAUCCACUCCAUCUCCCUGGAUCUGCCCAGGCCUAAGUCCUCACGGAUGAAACACCACAAAAGCAGCAUCAAAACUGGGCUUCCGUUUCUAAAGGUGCUAAGUCUUCAAAGAAAUAAACUCAGCGACACUCCGAAGGGACUAUGGAAACUCAAGUCAUUGCAGAGUUUGGAUCUGUCGUUCAACUGGAUAUUGCAAAUUGGGUUUUCUGAUUUUCGUAAGUGCCUGCAGCUAGAGUCUCUCUAUUUAAAGGGCAACAAGAUAUCCAAACUUCAUCCAGGAGCCUUCAAGGAUCUCAAAAAGUUACAGAUUGUAGACCUCAGCAACAAUGCCCUGACCUCCAUCCUACCGAUGAUGACCAUUGCUCUAGAACUUCCCCAUCUGGAGGUUGACUUGGCUGAUAACCCAUGGCACUGUGACAAUAGCAUGGCAGGCUUCCAAAAUGUCAUUUCUGAAUCCUGGAGGAAAAACUGGAACAUAAUUUGCAAUAAGUCCAUAGGGACCGAGGCGGCAGAACGGGGUGCGCCCGGGAGCCCCAUUCCCGGGGAGCUCGGCACCCACAGGAGCAGCACCGCCGGGAUCACGGCGGGGACGCCCGGAGGACGCGGACACCUGCGCGUCCCCAGCCCGGGGCGGCAGGCAGCGGCCAGCGCCCGCGUCCGGGAGGAGCUUGGCGGGCGGCCCCGACGGCGGCGGAGCGCGCGGGACGCGCACGGAGAGGAGGGCGCCCGCGGGGACCUCGCCCUGGCCGUCUGCCUGUCGGUGUUCGUUACGUUCCUCGUGGCUUUCUGUCUGGGGGCUUUCGCGAGGCCCUAUGUUGACAGACUGUGGCGUCAGAGGUGCCAUCGCAGAGGCCCCGGCCCGGACCUCGUCUAUUCCAACGCCGGCUUCUACGACGACGUCGCCGCCGCGGGGGCCGCGCCGCGCCCCGAGACCGGCCAGCGCCAGGCCGCCGGCGGCCCGCACCUCCUCCAGAGCCCGGCCGGGUCCCCGGUGGCCGCCAUCCUGCCGGGCGGGGCGCUGCGAGGGUGCGGGGCGGAGCCGGGCAGCUGCCACCCCAGCGGGGCCCGCGUCCGGUGGGGAAGCGGUGGUGACAAGGCGUUUCCCGGGGGCGGCGCAGCGAGCCCCCUUUCCCACCGACGCCUCAGCCCCAGCGACUACGGGGCAGCCUCAGCAGCGCGGGGACACAUGGGCAGCAAUGACAUUCGGGGUGACCCUCCAGUGGGCGUCUCUUGGGUGGCCUGCACAUCGCUAACUGUCCCCGGCUCCAGCCCUAAUGACAUCGACUUCCACCCCUCACUCUCAAAGGCCACGACAGCUUCCGGCUGGAAAACAUUAACACAGACGCCAGCACAGAAGCCUGGUGAGAGCAAGCGAAGAGGGGUCACCCAGCAGCUACCUGGGGAAAGCGCGGGCUGGCACGUGGGACUUGCCCAGAAAACGCAGGCAAGCGCUGUUAAUCUGGGGAGCGCCCUGCAGCAGAGCCUCGAGGAGGCCAAGGCCGAGGAAGAGCUGCCAGCCUACUGCAGGGAUCCCACACACAGCACCCCUGGACACAGGGAACCAUCGGCCUUCCCUCCAGGAUGGGACAGCAACCUGGAUGUCACUCCUGCUAAUGAGGAACCAGUACAGAAAUCUGUUCCUUCUGAAACUCGGCAGGAGUUGGAGAGCGACUGUGACUCUGAUGAAGGCUCAUUGUUCACUCUGAGUUCAGAGAGUUCAGAGGGUGCGACCAGCAUGGCUGAAGAGGAGGCGGCUGGCCAGGACAUCUGCAGGGCCAGGGAGCCCCUACAGGACGAGAGUUCAGGGACCUGCUGGGAGGACAUGACAUCACUAGAAGGUCCCAGUGUCACCUUCCAAAAUAUUGUAGGGAAAUACAAGAAUCAGGAAGAUCAGUUUGAAAAACCCCUCUCUUCUGGUCCAGAUGCUGGUUUGUGCAAGACUCAUCUGGAAAAUGUCCCUGUCAUCAAUGAAUUUGAGGAUCAAAUGCCUUUGCCCACAAUACUGAGGAACAGCCCUUUAAGCGAUGAGACUCUGGACAUGUAUGCUUGUGACUAUGACGUGGCCCUUCAGUCCAAGGCAGCAGAAUGGCAUUGCUCACUCAGAGACUUGGAAUUUGCAAACGUGGACUCUGAGCCACAGACACCACUGCCUGCUCCUGACGGUCCCACAGAUCCUAGUCAGACACCUGCUGUGGAAGAAACUCAGACAUCUGUACACAAAAGCCUUUCAUGCAGGGAAUAGACACAGCUCAGAAAGACAUUCCUCCCAAGAUCACUACAGGGGAAAACUCAAGACCUUCAUAACAAGAUCAGAAAAGAAAGGAUGUGAAUUCCAACGAGAUGGAAAUCGAUGCAAAUAAGGGCCUUGUAUAUCCGCUUGAGGACUAUGAUUCCAGAAAGGUUAUAAACCAAACCCAACUGUUACAAUCCCAUGGUGAUGAACCAGCUCUUCCCUGAGAACAAGGAGGAGGGGAAUGUUUUGAAGAUGGUUCCAAAAACCAAGCAAUGUUAUUACAAGAGCUUCAAUAAAAUCAGUUCACUACGACUACAAGGGCACUUAAGUGAUAGAGGUUGGGGUGAGUAUUCAGAGCAGAUUCUGUUGCACUUAGAAAAAGAUGAUUCUAACUUUCAUUCUCAAAGACAGACUCAGUGUAGUCUGGUGGGAGCUGGCUCUCUAUGCGAAGAACAGCUACACCAUGACAAAGACAGGAACAUUCAACUUGAUAAUCAAAGGGAGUUUAAGUGACACUUUUAGUAUUCCUUGAAGCACUUAAAUGGAAAUGCUUAACAGAUUUUGAUAAAUUCUGCACAAACCCUAGUACCACUUUUUGGAGAUUGGUCAUGAAACUGCAAAAUUGAAAGAAUUCAGAGACAUUCUAAAUAUUUUUAGAGGAGUGGGAUGGUUUUAUAGGAUGAAAUGUAAAUUAAAAAUCGAUUUCAAGAAAAAAA